GUUGGGUUUUUGAUUUUAAACCCGACAUUUCUCGAAUUUUCCGCACUAGAUCCGGUCCGCCCGUAUAAAAGCUGUUAUCAUAGCAUUGGUUGCCGUUAGUCCUGUACCUCUUUUCUCGUCAUUUUCAUUACAGAAAUUUCCGUCAAACGCUCUCGAAGCUUCUCUUCUUGAAGAUCAUGGCGGAAUCUGAAGCCAAUCAACCGACUGAGCCUCUGGUACCGAGGGAUGGGGGAGAAGAGCAUCUGAAGUAUCUCGAUUUUGUGCAAAGCGCGGUGAUCUAUUUCGUUGUUUGCUUUUCGACUGUUUACGAAUACGCCAAAGAGAACGCCGGUCCAUUGAAGCCCGGUGUUCAUACUGUCGAAAGCACCGUUAAAACUGUCAUCGGACCGGUUUGCGAGAGGUUUCACGACGUUCCUUAUGAGCUCCUUAAGUUCAUUGAUCUAAAGGUAGACGAGGCGUUGAAGGAGCUGAAUCGGCACGUCCCCGCGUCGAUGAAACAGGCGCCGAGCCAAGCCAAGUACGUGGCUAAUAAUUUCCCAGAGGUGGCUAGAGAUUUGGCUUUAGAGGCAUUCAAAACGGCGAGAAAGACGGCUAAUACACUGUACAUAAAAUACGAGCCGACAGCCAAGGAGCUCUACAAAAGCUACGAACCAGUAGCCGAGAAGUACGCUGUGUCAGCCUGGAGGUCAAUGCAUAAACUCCCAAUAUUCCCACAGGUGGCUCAAGUAGCCGUUCCCACAGCCGCUUUUGUGGCGGAGAAGUACAAUUAUGUUGUGUGUUUCACGGCGGAGAAAGGUUAUCUGGUGGCCCAAUAUCUACCGUUGAUUCCAAUUGAGAAAAUUGCAAAGGUAUUCCAAGAGGGUCACCAUGAGCCAACAGUCGGACAGGCUAUUCAUGUUGAUACAUGAUUAAUUAUUAAGCUAUAUGAAUAUGCUAGACCUGCUAGUGCUGUGUGCUUAGUUUUUUUUUUUUUUUUUCUCAAUCUUCCUUGUUUAUGUUCUGGAUUUAUUUUUCUUAUUUUAUGU